GUGGGCGGUGCGGUUGAAAAUUGGCGUAAAAUUCUGCGCUUUCCGGUUUUUGCGCUUUUGGUUGUUGUUUUAUAUAAAAAAGUAAAAAUUGUACUGUGGGCAGGAUAUAUCCCCUCUCAUGCCACUGCGUGCGAAUGAAAAUCAAUAAAAAUUAUCGCCACACCGCUGAUCAAACGGGCGUACCAGGCAAACUUUAACGUUUUGGCACCGUGUGUAGCCGUGGUUUUGGACGUUAUGUGUUAGUCAAACCUUCGCGACGCUAGAAACAGGUUGGACGCCUUUUAUGUUGCGCUGUUGUAGUUUAAUUCUCCAUCUAUCAUGUAUCGAUAUUGUGUGUGUCUUCUUGCCUUGUUACUGGCAUCAACGCUACUGACCGACGCCCGACCGGCGAUGGAGAAAGACCACAACUUCCACUACUAUGAGAUAAUAAGCACUGAAAAUGGGCAAUUGUUUUCCUAUAAAACGAAGGACAAUCAGUGGCGCGAUGAAACAGUUGAGACCGAUCCCAAGACCGGCAAGCUGAUCAUCUCAGGCUGGUACCGCUACGUCGGGCCCGAUGGCGUCACCUACCAGGUCAAGUACGUGGCGGACGAGAAUGGCUACCGGCCGCUCGGGAUGCAUCUGCCCGGGGCCGAUCUGUCCGAUCCGACCGCGUUCAGCGUGCUUACGCCACUCGUCGAUAGUGGCGUUUCGCGAACAGUGCUUCUAUCGCUAGUCGGCUGACAUCAGCAAACGGGGGCGAUA